AUGGACCAGUUCAUCGUCGACAAUGCCGCCCGGUACAAGUCGCUCGUCACGCGCUUCGAGCCCAAGGCGUCCGGGCCCAAGGCCGAGGUCGCCCCGGCGUCGGACAUGCUCGUCACCACCCGGCUCCGGCCUCUUCUUCCCGAAGAGGAAGCGGCCGGCCUCCCCAGCUCCGUGUUCCCGCGGCUCCGUCCGCCGGGCGUGUUGGACGUCCACGAGCUCCGCCAGCCGGUCCGUGGGCUCCCGACCAUCAAGUCCUACGACUAUGAAGUCGACCGCAUCUUCAACACCGACUCCACGACAGAGCAAAUCUACGCGGAUGUCGUCAAGCCUCUUGUCCCCUGGGCAUACGACGGCGGCAUCGGCACGCUCUUCGCCUACGGGCAGACGGGCUCGGGCAAGACGUACACUGUCAGCCACCUGGAGCGGCUCGUCGCUGAGGAGCUCUUCAGCGGGAAGCUCAACGGCGAGCGUGAGAUCAACAUGAGCAUUGUGGAGUUAUUUGGCAACACCGCACUUGACCUCCUCAACGAGCGUGCUCCCGUAUCGGUGAUGCAAGACGCCUUCGGCGCCACGCAGCUCAACGGCGCCGUGGAGCACCGCAUCCACUCGGCGGCCGAGAUGCUCAGCUUCAUCGAGACGGCGGCCUCGUUCCGCCGCACCGAAGCCACCGACAAGAGCAACUCGUCGUCGCGCUCGCACGCCAUCUGCCGCAUCCGCUUCAAGAACGCGGCGCGCCCGUCGGCCGAGGACGGCAUGCUGUACAUGAUCGACCUGGCGGGCUCCGAGGCGGCGCGCGACACGGCGGCGCACAGCAGCGCGCGCAUCAAGGAGACGCGCGAGAUCAACACCAGCCUGUCGGUGCUCAAGGACUGCAUCCGCGGCAAGGCCGAGGCCAACGCCGCCGUCGCCGCCGGCCAGCGCAAGCCGCAUGUCCCGUGGCGCCAGAGCUCGCUGACCAAGAUCCUCAAGCACGUCCUGGACCCGGCGGCGCAUCGCCCGUGCAAGACGGUCGUCAUUGCGUGCGUGAACCCGUCGCUGGCGGAUGUUGGGCCCAGCCGGAACACGCUGCGGUAUGCUGAGACGUUGCGUGUCCUGCUUCCCCGGAAGCCGCCCGUCAUUGACGAUCCCAAGGCGCCGGUGACGUGGACGAACAAGAAGCUGCAGGAAUGGAUCCAGGAGAAUUCCGGCAAGCCCCCCAUCGAUCCCACCAUCCUCGCACCCACCGAGUCGGGAACCCAACUCCUCCACCUACCCAUCCCCGACUUCGAGGCCCGGUGCCUCGACACCCACGGCGUCAGUAUUGAGCAGGCCAAAGCCUUCCGCGAAAAGCUCUGGCACAUGCACAUCGACUCCGAGUCCCACACGCCAUUCAAGAAGGCGAGCGACAAGCCAAACAGCCAAGAGCCCGACCCCCGAGUCCGCUGGCGCCCGUGGAAGCAGCGCAUCCGCCCGGGAAUGUUCGUCAGCUGGGAUCCUCCGUACGAUCAUCCCCAGGGUCGACCUGGCAAAAACUUCGUCGUGGUUCUGGCCCCUGUUCCUGGAGCCGACGUCCAGUACGAUAUGGAAAUCGAUCCUCCGGCGACACUCGCCAGCCGCUGGCUCUGCGCCGAUGUCAUACUCAACAGCGCCUCCAAGGGGUACGAGGUGCAGAUGUGGCGACAUGUCCAAAUCGACGUUGACCAGAUGGACGCCGAGGUCAUCUUUGACUACGACGUCGCUUCGAGACUUUACUACCUCGUCAUUUAG